AGCGGCUGGUGUCACACAGAACUGUGUCCCCCUCUGAGUGUCGCCGGGUGGUUCUGUCCGUCAACAUGUCCGGUGUGAUGUGCACCAGAUUCCUCCUUCAGAGAUCAACCCACGGGUUUCUCUUCUCCUCCAGGGCAGGACCCGCUUUCACAAGCCCGUUUCUGUCUCGUGGUCACAGACUGGGUCCCAGUGAUGAUGAGAUGUACCAGCGGACCACAUUGUCCAUCAUGAAGAAGGAGCUGGGCAGUGGGAUCAUGAUCCACAGUUACAGUCCCAGAGGAUUCAACAUCGAUGGCAAUAAGGUGUUCGGACCCUGUGCUGUGCUGCCUCCUGCCAUCCUGCAGUGGAAUGUUGGCAGCUACAAAGACAUCACAGAGGAAAGUGUCUCACUCUUCCACAUGCUUGAACCAAGAAUAGAGAUUCUCGUACUGGGCACAGGCGCACGGCUUGAACGAAUUAACCCCUCAGUCCUCGCUCUACUCAAGAGUAAAGGCAUCUCUGUGGAGGUGCAAGACACGCCAAAUGCAUGUGCAACCUUCAACUUCCUGACUAGUGAGCGAAGACUGGCAGCUGCUGGUCUGAUCCCUCCACCUGUCAGCACAGCCCUGGAAGUAACACAGGAAUAAGUGCAGUGACAUACUGUGAGAUGGUUAAUUUUCUUCUGCACUGAUCCCCCAAAGGAACAAAAACAGUGACCUCCAUGUUCGACAACAGAAAUGUUAUAGAUUAACGUGUUGGGAGCAGUAUCCAUUGAUUUGCAGCAAACUGAGCAUUGAGCUGAUGAUUGGAGAGUUUUCUCAAAAGUACAAACAGACAUUUUAUUAUAGCUUCAUGUAUUUUUUGUUCAAGCAUUUGCACUGCUUUGAGAUCUACAUGCAGUGGGUGUGUAUUCAAGUGCUCAGGUUUAAGUAGUGAAGUGAGGAACCCAGUGACAGAGAAUUAGACCAUAAUAAAGUGCAGCUGUAUUCUUGUACAGAAAUACUGUGAGUGUUAAAUAUAUUUAAAUGCUUUACAUGUACAGUAUUGUGCAUUUAAUGUGUUUUCGUGUAUAGCAUAAAUGUAUAACAAGACCAA